CCGGAGCGCCGACGGCGAGUUCGAUUGGGUAGGCGGAAGCUAGGGUUUAGGUCUUAGUUCCGGAGAGCGACAGCAGUAGAAGCGUCGGCGGAGGCGAUGGCGUCGGCGGAGGAGGAGAUCGCGGUGAAGGAGCCGCUGGAUCUGAUAAGGCUCAGCCUCGACGAGCGCAUCUACGUCAAGCUCCGCUCCGACCGCGAGCUCCGCGGCAAGCUCCAUGCAUAUGAUCAGCACUUAAACAUGAUCCUUGGAGAUGUUGAGGAGAUUGUAACAACUGUUGAAAUCGACGAUGAAACAUAUGAAGAAAUAGUGCGGACUACCAGGCGUACCAUCCCCUUCCUUUUUGUCCGAGGAGAUGGUGUUAUAUUGGUUUCUCCGCCCCUGCGAACUGCAUGAGCCAUGAAGUUUGAUGGGAGGAUCCUGCUGAUUGCCAACUAUGAAUGAUGUGCAUUUGGUCAGCUGAUGAAAUGGAUUGUGCGUUAUCUGUUGCACUAUCAUUGUUGGACUGUAGUCUUAGCCUGUGAUACAAUUGUGUAACAGCUCCUUGUGUUUGAAUUUAUUGACUGAGCUGAUGAUAUGGAUUAUGUGUUAUGUGUUGCACUAUCAAUCUUGCUUGGGUUAAUAGUA